UCAGGAAAAGGCAUUCAUCAGUUGGCGGUACAUCAGAAUCGACACCUCAAUUAGUACUUCAAAGAAUGGCGAAAACAAUCACGGUCUUAUUCUUGCUGAAUUUGUUGGCUAUAAAAAUGUGUGAAUGUGGUCCGAUAGUGGACGAGAGAAACUUUUGGUCCGACAAUCCAGUCUGCAACUUCUCAACGCCGUGUUUGGAUCCUCUAACCUUCUGUGGCUCCAAUGUAGAAAUUAUUUCAAGAUGGUUUGGCGGAUAUAGAUGCUAUGCCAAGAAAGCCUCCAUGGGUCUCUGCAAUCAAUCAAUUGUAUGUCUGUCAGGAGUAUGUAACAUUCUUGCAUUUGGUAUAGGCCUUUGCUUAUAGUAAACAAUUAGAAAAGCAGUACGUUAAUAUCAAACAUUUCAAACGAUUAGCCAGUCAGCCAUUCAGUUAAUUUUUGGUCACGUGUUAAAGGAUUGAAAAUAUAUCUUCGAUUAACGUGCA